AUGAUAACUGACCAAGAUCGGGCAAUGAAGAGUGCUAUUGCCAUUGUAUUCCCCGAAACUCGUCACAGAUAUUUUUUAUGGCAUAUAAUGUGCAAACUUCCAGAGAAGUUAGGAUCUCAUGCGCAAUUCAAUGCGAGGUUAAAGACUGAUCUUCAGACUGCAUUAUAUGACUCACAGAACAGCGGUGAAUUUGAGGAGAGCUGGGGUCAAGCUGGAAUGAGCACAACACAAAGGUCGGAAAGCUUGAAUGUAUUUUUCGAUGGGUAUGUCCAUUCUGGUACCACGUUGAAGGAAUUCGUCGACCAAUUUGAUAAUGCUCUUAGAAAGCAGGUGGAGGUAAAGACAAUGGCUUAUUUCAAUUCUAGCAACCAAACUAUUCCCUACGUGUCCCAUUUUAAUAUUGAGAAGCAGUUUCAAAGGUUAUAUACAAAUGCAAAGUUCAAAGAUAUCCAAAGAGAGUUGCUGGGCCUAAUGUGUUGUAAUUGUUCCUUGGUAAGCACAGAAGGGUGCAUUUUAAAAUACGAUGUGUUGGAUGAAAUAUCUACUGAUGACCACAGCAAAACACUCCAUUUUUGUGUUUACUAUAACGAAGAGGAGGUGGAGGUCAAAUGCACGUGUGCACUGUUUCAGAUGAGGGGGAUUCUAUGUAGGCAUGCACUUAGAGUUUGCCAGUUGAAAAAGAUUAAUGUGCUGCUAGAUGUAUAUGUGUUGGAUCGUUGGAGAAAGGACUUAAAGAGGAGAUACACAUUACUCAGAAGUAGUUACGAUGACCAGUGGGACAGAGCAGACGCACGGAAUUAUGAGUGGGUGCUUAAAAGAUGUUCGAAAUUAGCGACCAAAAUAUCCUUAGAUAAUGAAAAAGUCAGUGCUUUCUUGCAUGUUGUUGAUGAGUUUGAGACAAAAUGUGAAGGUUCAACACUAGAGUCGGCAUAUGAACAAACGAAGGCCAAAGAAAAUGUCAUCUUGGAUAAAGGGUAA